AAAUAACUGGUUUAUACUAGCUCGUAAUCAGAAUAUUGGAUAUUGGACAUUGUACAGAUUACGGUAUUUCAAAAUUCUGUCUGUAAUAUCAAUUUUAUUUAAGUGUUAGUGUAUAUACGCUCAUUCCCCAGCGUAUGGCGUAGAGUUGAGUACAUGUUCGUAAAAACGAAAGGAAUUUUUUGAAAACUCAUUGAUCAGAUUAUCUGUACAAUAAAUUACAACUGAUCUGUGAUACACUAGAAACAGAGAUAGAUAGAUCGAUAGAUAGAGAGAGACAGUAUGGUUUGCAUUCCUUGCAUUGUUAUACCAGUAAUACUGUGGAUAUUACAUCGACUCCUAUAUCCUGUAAUAUACUUCUUUAUCCCCUCUUUAAAGUGUAGUCAAGAUGUUGAAAGGGAGGAAGAACGGAAAGACGAAAUCGAUGAGGAGGAUAGUGGAGAGAAUGAAUUAACAGAUCAACAGACGCCAACAUCAAAAGAGAAAUCAGAAUAGUGAAAAGAAUGAAUAUAUAUACCAGUGAUUAUAGUAGUAAUAAUAAUAAUGAAUGUAUUUUCAUUGCACAAGAAUUUUAUUCCUUGUGAUGAUGAUGACAAUAAUGAUGGUGAUAAUAAAGAUGUUCUCUUCACACAUGCACACAUCUACACACACACACACGCAUACAAAUGUUAGACAUUUUUUACUGAAUAAAUGAAAAUUGUUUAAUAUUGUAAUAGUUGGUCUCAUUGGUUC